AUGGCUCAGACGUUUAUUGAAGACGGCGGUUUCAUAAUAACCGUUGAAUUCGUGCAAGAACAUGGUUCUUCUGUUCCACUGUUGAAUAAGCUCUCCAGUGGACCAGAAUACUCAUUCACCAAUCGUUACGGAAACCUCACAGCCGACCCAGUUCGGCAGGCUUUCUGCAGGAUCAACUGUUUCUGCCCGACCAACUAUCUGCCUUAUACGCAGGGUGAUGUCAUUCCAAGUGGUGGUUGCUACAGAACAGUACCUAUAACUGCUAUACAGGCGUUGGCAGCGAAAAAUUGUCGACAACACAAUAGUGGCAGCCUUGUCAAGGUUGAAAGCCGUGAUAAAUCCACGUUUUUAAGCACUCUAUUCCCUUCGAAAACGAAGUUCUGGAUUGGUCUCAAGCUUGUCAAUGGAGUCUACCAGUGGGCAGACGGAACAAACCUAGUAAGCUUCAAAUAA